AUGGCUGAUGAUCAAGAAAAUGAUAAGAACAUUGAGACAUGGAAAAUUAAGAAAAUGAUCAAGGCCUUAGAAUCAGCAAGAGGAAAUGGAACCAGCAUGAUCUCCCUUAUCAUACCCCCAGGUGGUCAAAUAGCUGGGGUAACUAAGAUGCUGGCAGAAGAAUAUGGAACUGCUUCAAACAUUAAGAGUAGGGUAAACCGUCAGUCUGUGUUAGGUGCGAUUACAUCUGCUCAGCAGAGGCUCAAGCUGUACAAUAAGGUUCCACCCAAUGGACUAGUGCUUUAUAUUGGAACUGUUUUGACUGAAGAUGGGAAGGAAAGAAAGGUCACUUUUGAUUUUGUGCCUUUUAAGCCCAUAAAUGCAUCUCUCUACCUCUGUGACAAUAAGUUUCAUACAGAACCUCUGAAUGACCUCUUAGAAUCUGACGACAAGUUUGGGUUUAUUGUCAUGGAUGGAAAUGGCACCCUUUUUGGGACCUUAAGUGGCAACACCCGAGAGGUGCUUCAUAAAUUCACAGUUGACCUUCCUAAAAAACAUGGAAGAGGAGGACAAUCAGCUCUUCGAUUUGCCCGUCUUCGAAUGGAGAAACGCCACAACUACGUAAGGAAGGCGGCGGAGCUGGCUACACAAUUUUUUAUAAAUCCUGCAACUAGUCAGCCAAAUGUUUCAGGAUUAAUACUAGCUGGAUCUGCAGAUUUCAAGACUGAGCUAAGCCAAUCUGAUAUGUUUGAUCUACGGCUUCGAGCCAAGAUACUCAAUGUGGUUGACGUGUCUUAUGGAGGGGAAAAUGGUUUCAAUCAGGCCAUUGAACUAUCUUCGGAGAUUCUGUCGAAUGUAAAGUUCAUUCAAGAAAAGCGCUUGAUAGGAAAAUUCUUUGAGGAAAUCAGCCAGGAUACUGGGAAAUAUGUGUUUGGGGUGGAUGAUACAAUGAAAGCUUUGGAGAUGGGUGCUGUUGAAACACUCAUUGUGUGGGAAAAUCUGGAUAUAAAUAGGUACGAGCUGAAAAACAGCAUCACAAAUGAGAUUGUCAUAAAACACUUCAAUAAGGACCAAGAGGGUGACCAGAGCAACUUCAGGGAUGCAGCCACAUCUGCUGAAUUAGAGGUUCAGGAGAAAGUUCCUCUGCUGGAGUGGUUUGCUGAUGAGUACAAAAAGUUUGGUUGUGCACUUGAGUUUGUUACCAACAGAUCUCAAGAAGGGUCACAGUUCUGCAGAGGAUUUGGUGGCAUUGGGGGAAUCCUUCGUUACCAGGUUGAUAUGAGAUCCUUUGAUGAACCAUCUGAUGAAGAACUGUAUGAGGAUUCUGAGUAA